AUGGCACAGUUCAUCACUGAGGGGGCUCCCAACAUGCCCUACUUCACCCCGGCGCAGAAGCCACCGGCAGGCACAGCUGCACCCUCCAAGGACGGAACGCCCAUCCCGUCGCUCUUCCAGCCUAUUAAGAUCCGCGGGGUUGAGUUUCAGAACAGGCUCUUCGUGAGCCCUAUGGGCCUUUCCUCUGGCAACACCGACGGCAGCGUUACCGCGUUCCACACCGCCAUCCUGGGCGCGGUCAUCCUGCGCGGCCCGGGCCUCACGAUCAUCGAGGCGACCGCCGUGUCCCCCGAGGGCCGCGGCACGCUGCACGACUGCGGUCUGUGGUCCGACGCGCAGAUCGCCCCGCUCCGCGAGCUCGUGCAGUUCGCGCACAGCCAGGGCCAGAAGAUCGGCGUCCAGCUCGGCCACGCCGGGCGCAAGGGCUCGACCGCCCCGCUGUGGCUUGCGCCGAACGCGAUUAUCCCGAAGGCGCUCGGCGGGUGGCCGGAGGAGGUGCUCGCCCCCAGCCCGAACGCGUACAAGGAGGGCGACUUGAAGAAGGCGUGGUUGCCGAAGGAGCUCACAAAGGACGGGAUUCGGGAGGUUGUCGGGCAAUGGGCGGCCGCUGCGAAGCGCGCGGUCGUCGCGGGAAUCGACGUGAUCGAGAUCCACGCUGGCCACGGGUACCUCUUGCACGAGUUCCUGAGCCCGGUGGCGAACAAGCGCACGGACGACUACGGCGGGAGCUUUGAGAACCGCGCACGCAUCGUCAUCGAGGUCGUGGACGCCAUCCGCAAGGUCAUUCCUGAUAGCACGCCUCUCUUCCUGAGGCUCUCGGCGACCGACUGGCUCGAGAAGAUCGCCCCGAACGAGUCGUCCUGGCAGCUGGACGACACCGUCCGCCUCGCCGGGAUCGCUGCCGACCACGGCGUCGACCUCAUCGACGUCUCGUCUGGCGGGAUCGACUCGCGCCAGAAGCUCGAGUUCGUCGCGUACGCGUACCAAGCGCACUUCGCGGAGGCCGUGAAGAAGGCGCACGGAGACCGCGUCCUCGUAGGCACCGUUGGUGGGAUCAAGACGGGCAAGCUGGCGCAGGAGGUCCUCGACAAAGGCCAAGCGGACGUGGUUCUGGCGGGACAAGCGUUUUUGAAGGAUCCCGCGGCCGUGGUCACCUUUGCGGCGGACUUGGGCGUGGAUAUCAAGCUUGCGAACCAACUCGAUUGGGUGACCAACGGGCGCGGUAGUAUCUGGCGCUGGAAGCAGUGA